ACGUGCGCGUGAACCGCGGCGCGACGCGACAUGUCGCUCCGACUCGCCGCUCGCGCUGCACUCAUUGUCAUUUCCAACUGAUAGAUGGCCACCGCAAGCACAGCGACGAUUUCUACGCAUACCGCGCUUUUGCGUUCGUUGCCUCAACUGUCCAGUGUCUACACAUGUCAUGCUCGACGCCAUCCAUCUCGAUACGAUGUGUACACGCGACGCGACUCGCGAGGGCGCUCGACAACCGAGGAGACGAUCAAUCGAUUCCCCUGGCGACGCUGGGCCUCCCGAGCAAGCGUUGGUCCUCAAUUGAAAAGCGCCGCCUGGCAGCUAUGCGUCCUAAAUUUCCUCUCCCUACUUUCUUUCCUCAGUCCUGGUGGCCCUUUCUCCCCGUCCGUCCCGCUCUCGCUCCUUUAGCAGACCACUCAUUCUUCUGAACAUUCAUUCGAACCGCAACACACAUCCUGACAAGAUAUGAAUCGCGUGCUGCUCCUCUUUCUGACCGUCGCUGUGGUUCUCGCACUGGUCCCAGAAGGACUCGCUGGACUCGUCUAUGGCCCGGGGCAUCGCUACCAUAAGAGGUCGGAUUUGAAGAAGCGUAUGGCUGAGGCCGGUCAUGUCCUGACGCCAAGAUAUGCGGGGAAUGUAAAGCGGCAGUCGUGUCGAGUGAGGCCGUCAUCUGCAGCCAACUCGACUAUUGCGAGCGUGACACAGCCUGCUCCGAGCAGCAGCACUCAAGAUUCUUCCACUUCUGUGAUAGUCACCACAACCUCUGCCUUCGUCCAACCGGAGGUUGUGUUCUCCCCAUCGCCUUCUGAUCCAGCACCAUCUCCUGCUGUCACGACGGAGGAGCAACAGGAUCCUAGCCCUGCUCCCACUACCAGUACUUCAGAGGCACCCGCACCGACGACGACGACCGAGGCCCCGCCCCCGUCUUCCACUAUUUCUUCGACCACUGAGGCAGCUCCUACAACUUCAGCAUCGUCCUCGUCAGGAUCAUCCAGUGGCACGUCCCAGAGCGACAUCGAUAAAUACUUGGACGAUCACAACACCGUUCGCGCCCAGCACGGUGCCUCGCCCUUGAUAUGGGAUGACACUCUCGCAGCAGCAGCCCAGCAAUGGGCCAAUGGAUGUGUCUUCAAACACUCAGGCGGCACGCUGGGUCCGUACGGAGAGAACUUGGCUGCCGGGACAGGCGACAGCUAUGGCAUUGAUCAAGCGAUUCAGUCCUGGACUGACGAAGUCUCUCAGUAUAACGCGAACAGCCCCGAGGCUUCCCACUUUACGCAAGUGGUCUGGAAGGCUUCAACGAAAGUGGGCUGCGCUGUGCAAGACUGCGAUGGCAUUUUCGCAUCGAGCUUCGGGAAGGCUCACUACUACGUCUGUGAAUAUUCCCCGCAAGGCAACGUGAUAGGCGAAUUUGCUCAAAACGUGCAGGCAUAGGCUAUGAGUGUCAUGCGCUUGUAAGAGUUCGCCGUUGGAUGAAAUUCGCAUGUUCGAGGAUACCUGCUUGCAGUCACAUUGACAUUCGAGAGUCAGAAGUUCUGAUCCCGUCUCCGCCUCGACUGACGAACUGCAGGGCAGACUGAAUCCAAACCGAGUAUUACUCGUCUAUGCAUUGCAUACUGAGC